AUGUCCAUAGUACCUUCCACAAAUAUAGAGAAACGAGUAUUAACAAAUCAAUGGUGGAUAGAACAGUUUGAUCAUCUUUAUCUAUGUAAACAUCUCGAAGAAAUUGAUAUCAACUAUCUCCGUUUGAUACUAUUCGAAUGUCGAGAGAAAUUGAAUGGAAAGGUCGAUCAAUUGGAACAAGGUCUAAUUCACAAUGAUUUUCAACCGAGUAAUACGCUCUGUACUGAUGAUAAUCGUCAUAUCUACGUGAUUGAUUUUGGUGAAGCCUGCUAUGCUCCAUUGAUUGUUGACUUAGCUACAGCUCUCUUUCUCUUGCUCACUAAUGGUAUUGAAGAUGACAAAAGAUUGAAUACAUUUCUCUUAUCUUAUCAAAAUCUAAUUCAAUUAGAUCGCAAUGAAAUUGAACUUCUUGAUACUGUUGUUCGUCUUAAAUUAACUAUCAAUUUCAUCGGUGAGAACAUAAAGAUUGGUGGUGAUAAUGCUCGAGUAUUCGUGCAGAAUGAUAAUGAUGAUUUUGAAUUACGAUCGAAUGAUACAUAUGAUGAAGCUGUUGCACUAUUACAACGAUCAUCAAGCGAGGAAAGACGUAAUUCUAUCACAUCCAUUAAUGACGGAUUAGACGGAUUGCGUGGUCCGUGCGAAUUACGCACAUUAAAAUAUUUUGACGUUUAUCAAUCUUUUUUAUCAGAUACUCUUCAUACACUUUAUGAAGGUGUAAUGAAACAGCAAGCAAAGCCUGUUAUUCACGCAUUAAAUCAUUUUGCAGAUAGUAUUAGAAAUUAUGGACCAGCUUUUCGAUAUUCCACUUUUGAAUUUGAAGCUACAAUUGGUUCACUAGCUCCUGAUGUUAAAAAAUUUGUGACUAAAUAUACUGGUGGACAAUCAUACAAUCUAUAUAAAACAGUAUUUGUUGAACAACAACGAUUCACAUCUGAUCGUAUUGAUAUUUUUCGAAGGACACAUGAUGGGUGUUUAAUGUACAAUAGAAAGAAUAUACCAGCAAUUGGUUUUUUGGAAACAAUUAUUUCUUUUGAUAAUGGUAAUGAACCAGUUCUUGUUAUUCGACCAGUCAGUUUACUUGCAACAGCAGACACCAUGUCAAUAAAUCAUCGAAUAUAUAAAUGUACUAACGUAUUAUAUGGAACAUAUCAUGGAACAACAUUAGAAGUUACUAGUUUGGAUUGUAUUAUUCAAAAGCUUGCUUUUCGACGUGGAAUUAAUGUCAAAUUUCCUCCUAUUCCUAAUUCUAUGUUUUUUUUUUCAGUAUCCCAAUCCAAGUGGAAGUACUUAGCAUUAAUAAAUUCAUAG